GGGGCGGGGAGAGGCCCCGCCCAUCGCGCUCUGCGUCAUCCGCUCCUUGCCCCGCCCAGGAGGACCGUCUGGCCGAGGGGAGGAGGGAGCCUCGCGCGGGCUGUUCAUGGAAGAGAUGUCCGGAGAGACAGUGGUGAGCACCGCCGUGCCAGCAGCCACCACCCGCACCACCUCCUUCAAAAGCGGCAGUCCCAGCUCCAAGUAUGUGAAGCUGAACAUCGGCGGGGCCUUGUACUACACCACCAUGCAGACGCUGACCAAGCAGGACACCAUGCUGAAGGCCAUGUUCAGUGGCCGGAUGGAGGUCCUCACGGACAGCGAAGGCUGGAUUUUGAUAGACAGGUGUGGCAAGCAUUUUGGAACCAUUUUAAACUACCUGCGCGAUGGCGCCGUGCCCCUCCCGGAGAGCCGGCGAGAGAUUGAGGAGCUGCUGGCCGAGGCCAAGUACUACCUGGUGCAAGGCUUGGUGGAUGAGUGCCAGGCUGCCCUUCAGAACAAAGAUGUCUAUGAGCCUUUUUGCAAAGUGCCCAUCAUCACGUCCUCCAAGGAAGAGCAGAAACUCAUAGCCACGUCCAACAAGCCGGCAGUUAAAUUGCUGUACAACCGAAGCAAUAACAAAUAUUCCUACACCAGCAAUUCGGACGACAACAUGCUGAAGAACAUUGAGCUGUUCGACAAACUCUCCCUGCGCUUCAACGGGAGGGUCCUUUUCAUCAAAGACGUGCUGGGAGACGAGAUUUGCUGCUGGUCGUUUUACGGCCAGGGACGCAAGAUCGCGGAAGUCUGCUGCACCUCGAUUGUGUACGCCACCGAGAAGAAGCAGACCAAAGUUGAAUUCCCAGAAGCCCGAAUCUACGAGGAAACCUUGAACAUCCUGCUCUACGAAGCUCAGGAUGGCCGCGGUCCCGACAAUGCGCUGCUGGAGGCCACCGGGGGGGCGGCCGGGCGCUCCCACCACCUGGAGGAGGACGAGGAGCGCGAGCGCAUCGAGAGGGUCCGCCGGAUCCACAUCAAGCGCCCCGACGACCGCACUCACAUGCACCAGUGAGGGGCUGCGGUGGGCCAGCCCCCUCCCUGCGACUCAGCCGGCCUCCGGCUUGCUGCCUGGACUGUCCUUUUCUACCUAGAGUAUUUUUGGUAUUCAACGAUGCAGCGUGUGGCACCCAAAUGGAUUGUCCACUGUGGCCGAGUUCGGGUGCAGGUCCCGGGCUUUGCAGCACUUCUGAAUUCAGCCUGUUUUCCGGCCUGUUUUGGGUAGGACCACGCAGCCUCCGUUUGGCUCCAGCCUCUCGGUCGAGUGGGCUCCUCCAGGGGAGACUUCCGGAUGAGCCUUCAUUCCCAGGGAGAAAAGCUGUGGCUAAACCUCCUGGCCACCCAAAGGGGGGAUGGGAAGGGGGCCUGCCGGGGGAGGUGCUCCGUCCCGUUGCAGGAGGACAAACAGUGGUAGGGCCAGGCAGGAACAUCCCGUUUCCUUCACUUUCCUCCCCAAGGAUGCCGGUUCCCAACUUGCCUUCAGUAGAUGCUGCAAAGCACACCUGUGGCCGCCUUUCUCAUCGCCCCCUCCCCAUUCACCAGCCCCACGUUCUGAUCCAAGACCAAAGGCUUCAUCUUCCCAGCAAUGACCUUCUUGCCGUGUCCGUGUGUGACUCGGUCUCCUUCAUUCAGAGGCCAAUAUUCUGGGACCAGCAGGCUCAGCCCGGCUGUACCGUCUAAAUUAGGAGCCAUUUUGCAGAUGGGUAGAGUGAAAGUCCUGAGGCCCUGCAAAGAUUGUGCCCCAGCAGUGAGGCCCCUUAGGCGUCUUCUCUUGGCCCCUUGGAGUCCAGAAGAGGCACUGAAGCACCUCGGAUUGGAAAAGGGGCCCAAGAAGGGAGAACAGCUGGCCGUUUCUGUCUGGGGCUUCCAUACCGUGUGCCAUUCCCACCGCCCCGAAGCCCACAUGGAGGGGACAAGGCGCCUGGUUGGCCGGAAUCUACAGAAUUGAUUUUGCUGCACCAGGCAGGAUGAGAAGGCCUUUGCUCCUCCAUUCUUUAAUCGAUUUCGGUUGCAUCUUUCCAAUCCUUUAUUCCAUAGCAGAAAUCUGUAUUUGUAAUUUGGAGCGUAAGUAUCAGGAAACCCAAAGAUUAAGUUUUGACUGGAGAUCAGCUGGGUUAAGACGUUCUGCAAAGGGUUCAAGGCUGCAGACCAAAGGCCAGAAUUGGCUUAUUCCCAUUUCCAUUUAAGGAAAAAGAUGGUUAGUUUUAUUUUGUGCUUAUUUUGUGUUUAGGGAGGCAAACCAGAGCAGCCAAAAAGCAACUGUUGAAAGAUGCUGCAAACCAAAAUGGUGGGGGUCUGUUAGUCGUUCAGGGGCUCCUUGGCUGCCUCCCUGAGAUAUUUAUUUCCCAGAGUUGCACGUGAGUCUCUUCCUGAGCUGCUGAAUUGGAAAGCGUCUCUGUGGAGGUUUUGGCCCAGAGGAAGGGGUGGGGUGCCCUGGGUUUCCUCUUUCCUGGCUGCUUCUUGGGGCGAGGGAAGGGCUCCUGGUCCAGGCUGGUAGAGAGGAAAGGAACAGCCGGGCUGCUGAGCCCGAAUUGGUCAAGGGGACCAGCGAGGAAAUGUUUCUGGGGUGGGAGAACCAGCACCCCAACCCAAGAAAGAAGAGCAGCUGCAAACGUUUGUGUCUUUAGCCUGCUGGUGAGGCAUUUGCAUUAGAUCCAGCCCCCCCCUCCCCCAAGCGAGGGAUCAGAAUGGACCCGCGUGCCUGCAUUGGUUUCUAGACUGUCCUUGUGCAAUCCUAAUUCCAAAAACAGUUUUGGCCAAAGGAAAAGGUUGUCUCCGUCGUCGUCCCCCCCGGCCCCCCUCCCAAGCAGUGCCUUUGCUUUCUGGCCUCAAGGCAGCUGCGGGUCUUGUAAACAACAGCCAGGUUGAAAAACAAGCCCCCUCCCCUCCUGCUUUGACGCUCGAAGCCCAGCCUUGCCUUCUUAAAGGAGUCUCUGCAGAAUCACUUCCUCCUCCUCUCUGUUGGCGUGUGUGUUUGUGUAAGUGUUACGCAUUUGACACAGGUUUUAAAUACGGAAAAUAAAUUGGUUGUGUUUCCUA